AGCCCGCCUUAGCCAAAAAAAAAUUCGACAUUUCCACCCCUAAAAGACCCCUCCCAAAUCUCUCUUUCUCAUUCUCCCCCCCAAAAUUCCACAAAAUUUUCUCUCUCUCCACCCCAAUUUUCUCUCCCCAAAUUUUCGCACCAAAUCACAUCUCACUUCUCUCCCCUGUCCGAUCACUGAUUUCACUACUUUAGGGUUUCCAAUUUCUGCUAGGGUUUUACUAAACCUCUUCAGAUUUCUGCUCCAUUUUCGCAAAGCUUGCACAAUUCAUCCAUGGCGUCGGAAGUUCAAGAUGAUAAGAAGCCUGAGAAUGAGCCUGAGGUUGAAGAAGAUGUUAAAAAAGAGGACGAAGUAGGAGUGAGAGAAACUGGCGAGGAAGAGAAAAUGGAGGAGAUAGAAGAGGUUAAAGAAGGCGAAGAAGAAAAGGAGAAGAUUGUGAAGAAAGGUAAGAGAGAUCGUAAGCAGGGGAAGAAGAAAGCAGAGGAGAAAGAAGGGAAGGAAGUAAAGGAGGAUGUAGAGGAAGAAGUGGAGGAAGAAGAGUCGGAGAAGAAGAAGAGAAAGAGUUCGCCGUCAAGUCCGAAAGAAGCUGCUACACCUAAAGUGGAGAGGCCUACAAGAGAGAGGAAAGCUGUUGAGAGAUACUCGAUUGCUUCUCCGGCUAGUCGGUCCUCCGGUGGGAAAUCGUUGUCGAUUGCGAAGGGUAGUGGAACGCAGCUUAAGGAUAUUCCAAAUGUGGCUUAUAAACUGUCAAAGAGAAAGCCUGAUGAUAAUCUGCAACUAUUGCACACAGUUCUUUUUGGAAAGAAAGCAAAGGUGCAUAAUUUGAAGAAAGAUAUAGGUCAAUUUUCAGGCUUUGUGUGGACUGACAACGAGGAAAAGCAGCGAGCUAAAACAAAGGAGAAGAUUGACAAAUGUGUUAAAGAAAAAUUGCUGGACUUUUGUGAUGUGCUCAAUAUUCCUAUCAACAGAGCUUCUGUCAAGAAGGAAGAUCUUUCUGUGAAGUUGUUAGAGUUUUUGGAGUCACCACAUGCUACUACUGAAACUUUGCUUGCUGACAAGGAUCAGAAAGGAAAAAAGCAGAAAAAAAAGGCAACACCUGUAAAGAGCCGAAGUUCGAAAGCUUCAUCUGCUGAAAAGUCAGCUAAGAAAACUCCAACUGGAGAAAAACGGAAAAGGUCAGCAGAAUCUGAUGAAGAACUUGAAGCUGAUGACAAGGAUGAGAAUUUGGAUAGCAGAUCUCACUCCUCAGAAGAGGAGGAAGAUUCCAUGCAGAAAGUAGAGAGUGAUCAGGAGACUGAUUCAGAGCAAGAGGAAGAGGAAGUUAAAGAAAAUAUUACAACCCCAAAGAGUUCGGCUAAGGACAACUCUGGGGCCAAAAAUGGGAAAAAAUCUACAACUACUAAGAAAAUUAGCUCUGAGAAAUCAGCCAAAAGCCCUGCAAAAUCUGCCAAGAAAACCUCUAACACUCCUAAAAAAUCUACAGCUGUUACUGAAGCCUCUGCCUCUUCCUCCAAAGCAAAGGGGUCGUCAGGUAAGAAGAAAAAGGUCGAGGAGGAAACUGAUAAAGAGAAUUCCACUCCUACUGAAGUGAAGGCCACAAGCAAGAAGCAAAGAAGCAAGUCAUCAACUAAAUCUGCAGCCAAAGAUCAAGGUAAAGGGAAAACAAAGAAAGAAGCAAAACCAGAGCCCACAAAUGAAGAAUUGCAUGCUCAGGCCGUAAAUAUUUUGAAAGAAGUGGACUUCAAUACUGCAACUCUAUCUGAUAUACUCCGACUGCUUGGUUCCCACUUUGGCUUGGACUUGAUGCACAGAAAGGGAGAAAUUAAGGCCAUUAUAACAGAUGUAAUUGAAAACAUGUCUAAUGAUGAUGAGGAAGAAGAUGAGGAUGAUGGCGAGGAUACAGAGGACUCUGGAAAGGAAUAAGUAUGGUAAUUGCAAUAUUUAUCGAAUGUGAAUGGAUGUAAUGUUGGCUCUUUUGAUGCUUUCAGCUAGCCUACUCUUGUGAUUUUGAUCAAAUCAUCUCAAUUGCAGUAGAGAUCUUUAUACCAUAGAUUGUAGACUUGUAGAUUAGAGAAAAGUCUGCAGCAAGAAGUAUUUGGUCUGUGUGUACCAUAGACAAUUCUUUUCUUUUACCUCAAAAGCUGUUAAUUAGGUUGUAUUAGAUGUCUCUAACAUCUGUAUUUCUUAUUGUAUUGAGGAUAUUUUUUUGUUGAAAUCUCUUUGAAUAUCAAUAGAGUUUUGUAGCAUUUCAAGUA